UGCUAUACAACAAAGUCUGUGUGGCUAAACAAGUUGAAAACCUUGGACAAUAAUUAUUUUGCUCAAUACGGUGGAAGAAUCAGUAUGUGGUUUAACGUGCGCAUGCGCUUCAUUACAGGAAAUACAUGAAAACAUGAAAUACAUGAAAACUACAAUAAUUCAUCGGUCUGGGCGAAUAUAAUUAAUAACAUGAGAGUCCACUUUGAUAUAAUACUCAUAUUAUGACAUUUCAACCUCAGGAUUUGUGACAUUAUUGAGAAGUGACAGAUGCUCUGCUCUGAAUGCUGAGAGAACUCAGCCCGAACGAAACCGGAAGUAGUUGGGGGAUUGUCCUCCCGGCGCAUGCUCAGUCCUCUGCGCUGUCGUCCAAGAAUGGCCGCCGCUGCAGCAGGAAUAAACAAGCAGGGCGCCGUAGCGACGAUGGAGCCCUGUCUCCGCCACGGGAGGGGAGCCAGUGGAAGCACCGUCAAGGUGCUGGAGUGUGGUGUCUGUGAGGACGUCUUCUCCCUCCAGGGCGACAAGGUGCCUCGUCUCCUGCUGUGCGGUCACACGGUGUGCCACGACUGUCUGACCCGGCUGCCCCUGCACGGCCGGGCAGUCCGCUGCCCCUUCGACAGACAGGUCACCGAGCUGGGUGACUCCGGAGUUUGGGGCCUAAAGAAGAACUUCGCCCUGCUUGAACUUCUGGAGCGACUCCAGAAUGGAGCCAGCAACCAGUCGGGGAUGGCCGACGACGCCCUGAAAGGAAUGGGAGAAUGUAUAAUCCGCUGCGACGAGGACGAGAGCCACACGGCCUCCGUGUACUGCACCGUGUGCGCCACCCACCUGUGCGCCGAGUGCUCGCAGCUCACCCACUCCACGCGCACGCUGGCCAAGCACCGCCGCGUCCCGCUGGCCGACAAACCCCACGAGAAGAUGCUGUGCCCCCAGCACCAGGUGCACGCCAUCGAGUUCGUGUGCCUGGAGGAGGCCUGCCAGUCCGGCCCGCUCAUGUGCUGCGUGUGCAAGGAGUACGGCAAGCACCAGGGACACAAGCACGCCCUCCUGGAGAGCGAGGCCAACCAGAUCCGGGCGUCCAUCCUGGACAUGGCCCACUGCAUCCGCACCUUCACCGACGAGGUGUCCGAGUACUCCCGGAAGCUGGUGGGCAUCGUGCAGCAGAUCGAGGGCGGCGAGCAGAUCGUGGAGGACGGCGUGGGCAUGGCGCACACCGAACACGUGCCCGGCACGGCCGAGAGCGCGCGCUCCUGCGUGCGGGCCUACUUCGCCGACCUCCACGAGACGCUGUGCCGGCAGGAGGAGAUGGCGCUGAGCGUGGUGGACGCCCACGUGCGCGAGCGGCUGAUCUGGCUGCGGCAGCAGCAGGAGGACAUGACCAUCCUGCUGUCCCAGGUGUCCACCGCCUGCCUGCACUGCGAGAAGACCCUCCAGCAGGACGACUGCCGGGUGGUGCUGGCCAAACAGGAGAUCAACUGCCUCCUGGAGACCCUCCAGAAGCAGCAGCACCAGUUCACCGAGCUGGCCGACCACAUCCAGCUGGACGCCGGCAUCCCGGUCACCUUCACCAAGGUAGACCACCCCACCCCCCCGGCCCCGACCGGCCACCGCAGCGUCCGCGACGACAACAGGGUCCACAUCGGUCCAAAGAUGGAGAUCCGCGUGGUGACCCUGGGGCUGGACGGAGCGGGAAAAACCACCAUCCUGUUCAAGCUGAAGCAGGACGAGUUCAUGCAGCCCAUCCCCACCAUCGGUUUCAACGUGGAGACGGUUGAAUACAAGAACUUGAAAUUCACAAUAUGGGAUGUGGGCGGAAAACAUAAGCUCAGACCUCUGUGGAAACACUAUUAUCUGAACACUCAAGCGGUGGUGUUUGUGAUCGACAGCUGCCACAGAGACCGGCUGAUGGAGGCCCACAGCGAGCUGGCCAAGCUGCUGACCGAGAAGGAGCUGCGCGACGCCCUGCUGCUCAUCUUCGCUAACAAACAGGUGACCGGGAGCAUCCUCCCUCUCUCCUCCUCCUCGUCCUCGACGACCGACGUCCCGGGCGCCGUGGCGGUGGAGGAGAUGACAGAACUGCUGAGUCUGCAUAAAUUGUGCUGCGGGAGGAGCUGGCACAUCCAGGGCUGCGACGCCCGCAGCGGGAUGGGCCUCCACGAGGGCCUGGACUGGCUGUCCAGGCAGCUGGUGGCCGCCGGGGUCCUGGACGUGGCCUAAGCCUGACCCAGUCCCCCCCCACACACACACAAACACACACACACCCAAUCCCAAAAUGUCAGCCUCUCGCA